AUGAUCAAGGUUAGAGUAGAAUUUCUUGGUGGACUGGACGUUGUGUUUUCCAAGCAACGCGUACACGAUUUAACUAUUGAUGCUGAAGAACUUAGUAUGCAAGGAUUAAUCGAUUAUAUUGUUCAAAAUUUAAUUACUAAUAAGAACGACGUCGAUGUCUUCUUAGAAGAUGAUAAUAUUAGACCUGGUAUAAUUACGUUGAUCAACGAUACUGAUUGGGAAUUAGAAGGUGAAAUGGAAUACGAAGUUUGUGAUGGUGAUGUUAUUUCAUUUACAUCUACUUUACAUGGAGGUUAA